AUGACUCUAGACCUCGUGUCUAUAGCCAUGGAUGGGGAAGGGGAGGGUGAGGGGGACACCUCGGACGAGGAGGACCAACGAGACGAUUCGGGCGGCAAAGGCGAACACGAUUGGGAAGGGAAAGGGGAGUUCCCGGAGUUAGGAGCGAUGAGGGGCAGCAGCUUCCUGGAAAGUGCGUUUGUGAGCGGGCGGGCGAAGCAGCAGCUGAGUCUGUCGAGCAUUCUGGCGAGUGGGUUUGGGAGCACUGCGGGCGGCAGUGUGGGCGGCAGUGUGGAUGGUGCAGCGGUUGGAAACAGCUCUGCUGUUGCGAAGCUGACUCAGGAGCUUAAGGCUCGGAAUGCCAACGCUGAGGCUCGGAUUCGCGAGGCCGAAGCACAGAACAGGGAUCUGAAGGCAGACCUGAACAAGUAUGAUGCUCGGCAGCGGGAGCUGGAGGUUCGGCACGAGGCUGCGCAGGCUCGGAUGCAGCAGAUGAGAAAGCAGCUGGCGGAAACACAGGGGGAGCUUUUCCAGGCGCGGCUGGAAGCAGGGGGGAGGGGGAAAGGCGCGGAAGGGGGAGGCGGAGGGGAGAAGGGGGAAGGCGCAGGGGGAGGAGGAGGGGAAGGGGGAAAGCGGAAAAGCCCCUUAGGGGGAAUAGGGCGCGCGCAUGUGACAGGGGGAUAUGCUUCCGCCAUGGCUAAGCUUAUAGAGGAGAUGCAGGAGUGUGAGGCUCGGCACGCCGAGGCUGAGGCUCGGUACAAGGACGCGGAGGCUCGGAUCAAGGAGUCGGAGGCUCGGAAUAGGCUCGGGGAGGUUCGGCACAAGGCGGCAGCGCAGUGGCUGGAGAUGACGGAGCAGCGGCUGGUGCUGACUCAGCGCCAGCUCAGCGAGGCCCGGAGCGCAGGUGCAGCAGGAGCAGCAGCGCGCGGAGGAGGCAGCAGAGGCGAUGGGGGAGAUGAGCAGGCGAGUGGCGGAGAGGGUGGAGGAGGAGACAAAUGGGGGAGGCUGACUGCUGUGCGCGGGAAACCCCCUUCCCCAGUGACCUUAUCAACGCACCUGCCUUCUGCCUCAUCCCUCACCUUUCCCUCCCCACAGGCGCAGGCGCAGGUGCAGCAGGAGCAGCAGCGCGCGGAGGAGGCAGCAGAGGCGAUGGGGGAGAUGAGUAGGCGAGUGGCGGAGAGGGUGGAGGAGGAGAGGGUUCUGAGGGCUGAGAUUGAAGCAGCUGCCGUGCGAAGGGUUGAGGAGCUAGAGAGGGAGGUGGAAGAGAGUGUGGAGAAGGAGAGGGUUCUGAGGGCGGAGAUUGAAGCAGCUGCUGUGAGAAGGGUGGAGGAGCUCGAGAAAGAGCUGGAAUUGUUAAAAGCUGAUUCGCUACAGCGUUUGAAGGCUUUGCAGUGUGAACUGGAAGGGAGGGCAGAGCAGCAGAGGGAGAGGGAGAGGGAAAGGGAAAGGGCGAGGGAGAAGGAGAGAGAGAUGGCUGAGGAGAGGGAGAGAGAGGGGAGGCAGAUGGAGGUGAAGUGGAGAGAGUCUGAGGAGGGAAGAUGUCGGGCAGAAGAAAGGUUGCAGCGGGCAGAGGAGGAAAGGGCAGCGGCAGAAGAUGCAAAGAAGCGGGCACAGGAGGAAAAAACAGCAGCAGAAGAGGCGAAAAAGCGGGCCGAGAGGGCGAAGAGGCGAGUAGAGUCAGAGCGAAAGGAAGCAGUGGAAGAGAGGGAUAGGAUCAGAGAGGAUAAGGAGAGAGCUAUAGAGGAGAGAGAUCGAGCAGUGAAGGAGAGAGACAGAGCUGUAAAGGAAAGGGAGGAGGCCAUAGGGCGAGAGAAGAGGGCUGAAGAAGGAAAGGAGGCGGCAGAGAGGAGGGUGACGGAGGGUGAUGAACGGUUGAGACAGGUGGAGGGUAGAGUGAGGGAAUUGCAAGUGAGGGAGAAGGAAUUGGAGGAGGAGGGGAGGAGGUGGAGGGAGGUGGUUGGUGAGGUGGAGAGGGAGAGGGAUGGAGUGGUGAGUGAGAAAGGGAGGUUGGAGGAGAGAGUGAGGGGGCUUGAGAGAGAGAAAAGGAAGACGGAAAGGUGGAUAGAGGAGGUUCGGAGAGAGAGGGAGGAGAUAGGAAGGAGGGUAGAUGAGAUGAUGAAGAGUAAGGGGGAGCUAGAGAGGAGGUUGGAUGAGGUAGUGAGGGAGAGAGGGGAGGGAGAGAGGGAGAGGGAUAGUGUGAUGGAAGGGAAAUGGGCGGUUGAACAGAGACUGGCAAUUGUGACUGCAGAGAGGGAAGAGGUUGAGAGGAAGUGUGCUUGUAUCGAAAGGGAGAAGCGUGAGAUUGAGGAAGCCAAGGGUGUGAUUGAAACGAGGGCUGCUGGGGCUGAGACGGAGGUGCGUUUGUUGCAGUCACAGAAGGGAGAGAUGGAACGGCAGGUGCUUCUGUUACAGUCACAAACAAGUGAGAUGCAGAAGAAAGUACUUUCGUUAGAGUCACAAAAGAGUGAGUUGGAGGAGAGGGUGGGCGAGAAGGAGAGGCGAGUGAAGGACCUGGAGGGGACCCUGCAGCAGAGGGCUCAGGAGAUUUCAACAAAAGCCCAGGAGAUUCUGCAGAAGGCUCAGGUGAUUUCUCAGGUGCAGCAGGAGAUAGGGAAGCUGAAGAAAGGGAUGAGGGAGAAGGAGAGAGAUUUGGGAAGGAUGGAGAGAGAAGGGAAGGAGAGAGAGAGGAGGGUGGUUGAGAUGGAAAAGCAAUUGGGAGAGAAGGAAAAGGAGAUAGGGGAGAUGAGGGAGAGGAUGGAAGGGAGGGGGAAAGAGAUUGCUGUUUUGGAAGGGAAACUGAAGGAGAAAGAGGAGGCGAUUGAAGGGUUUGCAGCGCGGUUGAGAGGGAAGGAAGAGGAGAUUAGUGAGUUGAAGAGCAGAGAGGAAGGGAGGGAGAGGGUGGUUGAAGGCCUUGAGGCCGAUGUGAGGAGCAAGGGAGAGGAGAUUAGAGAGUUGAAGGGAGGAUUGGAAGGGAGGGAGAGGAAGGUGGGGGAGAUGAAAGCAGUGGCGGCAGAGAGGGAAAGAGCAGUGGAGAAUUUGAAAGAGCAGGUGCGGAAGGGGGGGAGGGAGGCGGAUGGUUUAAAGACGGAGGUAAGGGAACGGGAGAGGGAUAUUGCCGGCUUGCAAAUAGCUUUGAGUGAAGCGCAGGUGGCUUAUACCGAGUCGCAGGAUGCUUUAGAGAGGACAAGGGAGUCUCUGAGUGUGUCUGAGCAGGCGCUAAGUGACGCCAGGUUGGAAUCCGCCGCCCUGAAGGAGCACCUGGCGGACCUGGAAAAACACCUGGCGGCAACAGAGAGGCAGGUGGGCGCGAAAGACGAGCACCUGAGCGGGAUUGCGAGGCACCUGGCGGCCACAACAGAGGACCUGGCUGCUGUUCAGGCAGACCGGGCAGCAGCGCAUGAGGAGGCGGAGAGGCUGAGGGGAGAGGUGGAGCGGUUAGGAGGAGAGGUGGAAUGGCUGGGGGGAGAGGGAGAGCGGUUGAGGGAAGAGGGUGAGGGACUGAGGAAAGAGUUGAGGAAUGUUCAAGGGCAGCUUGAGGAAUCACAAGGAGAGGUGGAGCGUAGGAGAGGCGAGGGAGAGAGGUUGAGAGAAGAGAGGGAUGAAGCUAGAAAGAAGGUAGGGGUUGUGCAAGGGGAGGUUGCAGCAGCACAGGAGGAGGUGGAGAGGUUACGAGGAGAGGUGGAGCGGUUGAGAGGAGAGGGGGAGGAGCUGAGAGGGAGGCUGGGUAGUGUUGUGGAAGAGAAGGAGACUAUAACGAGGGAAGCUGGUGUGCUUAGAGAGGGGAAGGUGGCUGUAGAGAGGGAAAGGGAGGAGCUGAGAGGGGAGGUGGGGGCAGUAAGGGAGAUGCUUGCAGCAGCAGAAGCAGAGAAGAGGGGUUUGGAAGGGAGGCUGAGAAGGGCUGAGGAGGAGAGAGAGGAGGCGAGGAUGGGGAUGGUUGUGGUGAGUGAAGAGGUGGAGAGGCAGUGUGGGUUGAUAGCAGCAGGGGAAGAGGAGAGAAAGAGAAUGAAAGAGGAGUUGGGAAGGGUGGAGGGAGAGAGGAAGAGGCUUGACGAAGAGGUGGGGGUGUUGAGAAGAGAGGAGGAGAAGCUUCAGGGGGAGGUUGCAAGGGUCUUAGAGGAGAAGGAGCAAGCGUUGGGAAAAGUGGAGAGGGUUUCUGGUGAGUUGGAGCAAGAGAGGUGUGAGAUGGAACGAGUUUCAAAGGAGUUGAAGCGAGUAUCAAAGGAGUUGCAAAAAGAGAGGAGCGAGGUGGGGAGAGUAUCGAGUGAUUUGCAGCAAGCUACGGUUGAGUUGGAGGGGUUGAGAGCGGCACUGGGUGGUGCGGAGGAGAGAGUGAGGAAUGGGGAGGAGAGAGGGAGCGAGUUGGAGGAACGGUUGAAUCAGGCCGAAUCCGAUGCAGAGCGGUUGAGAGAGCGGGUGGAGGGGCAGGAAAGGGAGAAAGUGGAGCUUCUGCAGCUGCUGGGGGAAGUGAGGGAGGGAGAGAGAGAGCUAGAAAAGCAGGUUGCACAGGUGAGGGAGGAGUUAGAGAGAGUGAGGGAGGAGUGUGGGAGAAUAGAGGGGGAGAGGAAGAGAGAGGAGGAGCAGAGGGUGAGAGUGGAGAGAGAGAGGGAUGGAACGAAGAGGGAAGGAGAGGAGAAGGAGAAGGAGCUAAAGCAGGAAUUGGAAGAAAGGGAGCGAGAUCUGGAGGUAUCAAGAAAAGAAGCAGAGGUGUUGCAAGGUGAAAUGAGCUGUGUUAGCGAGGAGUUGAGUGCGGUGAAAAGAGAGGUAGAGAAGAAGAGAAAAGAGUUAGAGAAGAAGAGAGGAGAGCUUGAGGGGGUGAGGGGUGAGCUAGAGGGCAGGAUCAGAGCUCUAGAGACCACAAGAAGCCACCUGGAAACUGCAAGGAACGAUCUGGAAAAGAGCGAAAGGGAACUGGAGGGAACCAGGGAGGAGUUGGAGAGGGUAAGGGGGGAGUUGGAGCUUGCGGGAAGGUAUGGGAAGCAGCAAGAGGGGAGGGCUGCUGAGCUGGAGAGUCGAUUGGGUGCAGCAGAGAAGAGCCUUAGAGAGAAAGAGAGUACUCUGAGAGAGAAGCAGGAGAUUAUUCAGGGGCUUCAGGAUUUGGUGGUGAGCUUGCAGACAGCUAAGGAGGCACUGCAAGAGGAGAUGGUGGGGCGAUUGGCGGAAGUAAAUGAGAAUUUAAGUGCGAAAGAGAAGGUUUUAUGUGAGAAGGGAGAAGAGAUUUUGGGGCUUAAAGACCUGGUUUUGGGUUUGGAAGGGAGUAAGAAGGGGUUGGAGGAGGAAAAAGAGGUUUUGGAAGGGCGGAUUGAGGGGUUGAGGGAGAGGAUUGGAGAGGCGGUGAGGCGGGUUGAUGAGGUGGAGAGGGAGAGGGAUGACGUGGUGGCAAGGGCGGCUGCCAGGGUGGCGGAGGCCGAGGGCGACGUGGUGGAGAAGCGCGCUGAGCUGGCGCUGGCGAAUCAGGAGCUGGCGGUGCGCGCGGGGCAGAUUGCUGAGCUGUCGUCGCAACUGGACGAGGCCAAGGCGACUGUGAAGCAUCACUCGGACCGCAUUCGGAAGCUUGACACGGUGUGUGCGCACCAUUCGGACCGCAUUCGGAUGCUAGACAUGGUGUGUGCGGUGAGGGAGGAGGAGAUGAAGAAGCUUGAGGAGCAGCAAGGGGCGGCAAGGCAAGAGGCAUUGGAGAGAGUAAUGGACCGCGACAAACAGAUCGCUGAUUUGAGAGCCAAGCUGCAAUCUGAGUCGUCCAAUGUCUUUGAGGCACGAAACAGGAUUCAAGCUUUGGAGCGAGCAAAGCAGCGCAUGCAAGCAUCACUGACCGAGGCGCAGCAGCAAAUAGGGGCAGCAAUAAGGGAGAGAGAUGAGGUGAAGGCGGAAAUUGCAAAGCUGAGAGUGAAGUGGGCCGUGCCGUCGCCUGCAGGGAACAACAUUAAGCCGUCGGCUAUCAAAGCAAAGCAGUUGCAGUGA